UACAUCGAUACGAAGAGAUAAUACCGUCAGGAGGGGUACCCCUCUCCCCAACUAUAUAAAAUCAUGUUCUUCCAACGUCAUCAACAUCAGUGCGAUUUUCAUACCACAUUGAAGAUCUAACAUGUCGGGCUUCAGUUUAUUCUUCCUCCUCGCCAUUGCGAUGGUCUUCAUUGGAGAGAUUAACGCUCAACGAUGCCCCCCCAAUGAAGUAUGGAACAGCUGUGGUACGCGCUGCCCAUUAACCUGCAGGGAACCUGGUCCAAGACCCUGCACUAGAGAGUGCGUCCCAGGCUGUUUCUGUAGGCAUCGUUGGUUGAGGAACCAUCGCGGUAUAUGUGUUGCGAGAUGUUAGAAGAUUUCAAGAAUUUCUAAAGCCGUCCCUUCCAUCAUGAACUUUUCGUACAAUUCUUUUUAUUUUUUUAUAAUUCAGAUAGUUA